CGAUAUUGGGCCAUUCGAACAUUCAUUAAGGCACGCAUUGAUUCCUUGUUGUCUAUUCUUUUAUUUUCUUGAAUUCAAAAAAAGAAACAGCCUAAAAGGAAUGAACUACGGCGAACUCGAUUUAGAAGACAAAAAGGAUAUAGGCCGGUUAGCCACCUGGUCAGUAUCCUCUGAUAAGAUAGACCACGGUAUUGAAUUACUUUGGGACAAUGAUCUUGAGACCUAUUGGCAAUCCGAUGGUCCACAACCGCAUCUUAUCAAUAUGCAAUUCGAGAAGAAGAUGCCAGUUCAGCAAGUAUCAUUUUACUAUGAUUAUAAGCAAGACGAAAGCUAUACACCUUUGGGAAUUAGCAUCAGAGGUGGAACAGCUUAUCAUGACCUAAAGGAACUCGUAAAUGUUGAACUGGAGAAACAAACAGGAUGGGUGAACAUCAGCUUAGAGGACAGUCCUGGCAGUGGGCGUCCACCAAAAGUUUUUCUAUUGCAGAUGGCUAUACUCUCUAACCAACUUGGUGGACGUGAUACCCAUAUACGACAGCUGAAGCUACUUUCAACACGCGAACCUUUGCGAACGGACAACGAUCAGUCACCAUUCAUAUCGCCAGUAUUUCUGAAUCAUACGAUGUUACGGUGAAAUAAGAAAAAAAAUGUACGAUCCGUAUCUGUCCCGGCAAGGCCAGUACUUGGGCACCGAGUCAUUAAAGAUCGAUAUGACAGAGGAGUCUGAUCUCUCGUCCCAUUGUUGGGAUUCACAAACUUCCUGCAUCACUACCACGCAGCAGCUGUUACAUACUGAUGUAAUAAACAGGAGAUUGUGGAGAGCUAACGGCUAAAGUUCAUGAUCCCAUCAGGAAGCAUUAUUCCCCACAUGCUGUGCCAUGAAUGCGCAAAGCACUGGGAGAUGAGACGAGUUGCUGAUUAUGUCUGUUUACUCUCUUGUCCUUUAUGUCACACAACACAUCAAAAUUAUAUGUGUAAAAUCUACAUUAUUAAACAUUUAGAAGCCUGUCUUUUUUGAAACUCCUCAAAGUCGUCUUUGACUUGUUGAAUCACAGAUGGUUGAAUCCUGUUUGGAGGCUUGCAUUUGGCAAUUCCAACACGGUGUUUGCCCAUAUCAAAU